AUGUCUACUAUAGAACAAGAAGAAGAAGAACAACAACAACAGCAACAGAAUGAUAGUUUCUUUCGCCGAUUAAUUAAUCUUUUCAUUGAAUAUAAUCUAUUCAAAACCGAAUCGAUUGACCGACAAACGAUCUAUAGUCAACGAUGGUCUACACGUGUUUACAUAUUUUUUUUUCUUAUCUCAAUGUCAAUUCUAUUAAUUUAUAAUAUAUUACAUCAAACAACACAAUUAAUAGAAGUACAAAGUCCUUCUUUUGGAUCUUAUUUACAAUUAGAAAAGAUGUAUAAUGAUAUAAAAUGCCCUUGUUCUCAAAUAUCUGUUGCAUAUGGUUCAUUUGUAAAAUUAAAUCCAAUUUUUCAUGAAAUUUGUUUUAGUGAUUUUAUUUCACAAAGUUGGAUUGAAUUACUUGUCGAUAAUACAACAGCUACACGUUAUGUAGGAGAUUUUCGUUCUUCAGCAAGUUUACAAUUUCAGGUAUUAAAAGAAUUAUGUGAUCGUUCAAAAAAUGUUUUUAUCAAUAAUAUCCAAUCGUUUUAUGAGAGAAAAUUUAUUUCAUCUUCUCUAUCAAGAGAAAAGUUAUUAAUUAUUUAUAUAGAAUCGAUUAUUAGUACAUUUAAAGACAAUACUGCUACAGCAUUUCAACAACCAAUUUUAUUAAUUCGUGCAUUUAUGAUUGGAAAUAUUAUGGCAUCGGGUAUUGAAACAACAGGUAUAAUAGCAAAUUAUCCACAAAAUGGUGUACCUGGUCUAACCUAUGCAGCUACUAAUUAUCGUACAAUAGGAAGUUGUACUUGUGAUAAUAGUGAUGUAUGUUCUGUACCAGCUGGCUUUUAUGGUGACACUUUGAUUGAUACGAGAGCAGUUAUUUAUUAUAUAGAAGGUACAACAAAUGUGUCAUUUCUAAUGAAAAACUGGUUUGUAGGAUGUUGGGCAUUAGGAUCACUUCUUCUUUCAUCAUUAGAAAAUAGUUUUUUAUCCAAUCAGACAGCUCUUAAUUUAAUUGCUAAAUAUUCUAAAUGGUCAUCUAAUUUAACAUUACCAACUAUUCUCAAUUUAAAUACAUCAAAACAAAUGAAUGGAAGUAGUCAAACUUUUAAUACUCUUCUUGAAAAUUUAUUUCUUGAAGAUUUAUUAACUAAAAUUGAUUAUUCUCUUUAUUUUGCUCAGUGUCAACCACGUUCAUGUUUUUAUUCAAUACAACAAAGUUCAAGUAUAUUAUAUAUAUUUACUUCACUCUUAGCUCUUUAUGGAGGUUUAUCAGUUGCACUUCGAUUUAUUACUCCAUAUUUUGUUACUUUCUUAAUUAAACGUUUCUCACGUAAAAUUAAUACAACAUCUGAUCAUGCUGAAACAGAACUUUCAUGUUGGAGAUACCUACGGAUUUUUCAUAAUCAUAUAUGGCAUUUACUUGUUAAAUUUAAUUUAUUUCCAUCUUCAACUAGACAAGAAUUAUCUGAUAUUAAAGAACAACGUUGGACAACACGAAUUUAUAUUUUAUGUCUUAUUAUCGGUUCGAUGAUUCUUACAAUAUAUACAUUAUUAAUUGUUCAAUCAAAAACAAUUCAAAUAAAUAAUCCAACAUAUGAAACUGUCCUUUAUUUAAAAUCACAAAAUGAAUUUAAUUCUUCUCUUCAAUGUCCAUGUACAAAAAUUAAUAUUCCUUAUGAAGAGUUUAUAGAUCUUCAACCAUUUUAUCAUCAAAUUUGUUCAAGUGAAUUGAUGUCAAUAUCAUUUCGUGAUAAUCUACGUGCUUUAAUUCAAAUUUAUGCAAUUGGUUCAUUUCGUGCUAAACCUGAUUUUCGUUAUACAUAUCAAUUAUUUUUCUUUAUGAAUAAAUUAUGUACAUUAACAAAUAAAACAAUUUUUCAAUCACUUGAAACAUUUAAACAAACUCAACUUGUAACAAAUAAUCUUCUUUCGAUGAAUAUUUUUAAUUAUCAAAUCAAUUCAAUAAUAAAACAAUUUCAAUCACAAUUAGCAAAUCGAUUUUUAGGAUUUUUUCAGCUUUUUCGUAAUAUAACUUAUGUUAAUCAAAUCUUUUCUUAUCUAAAUAAUGCUCAAUAUACUUUAAUUGGUUCACCACUUACAUCCGUUACAUUUAGUAUUGGUGGUUAUACUGAUAUCAAUUCUUCAUAUACAUGCUCAUGUGCAAAUGAUAUUAAUUGUAAAACAAAUACUGGUUUAUAUAAUCCAGUAUAUUUCACAACUCCAAAAUAUUUAGUACCUGGUUGGUAUAAAGCUUGUUUUCCUAUUGAAUCAUUAUUACAUUCAACAUUUGAAUGUUUUUAUGAUAAUCAAGAUUGUUUUACAUAUAUAAUUAAUUUUUAUAAUCAAACAUGGUAUCAACCUACUGCUCGACUUAAUUCAUCUUUAUCUAGUCGAUUUACAACAAAUACAUCAGUAAAUAUUCUGCUUUCUGAACUUUUUAUUGAACAAUGGAUUGAAAUUAUUAAUUAUUCAUCUUAUUUUAAUCAAUGUCAACCACAAGCAUGUUCAUAUACAGUUUUACGACGAAAGAAUUUACUUGAAGCUAUAACAACAAUUAUUGGUCUUAUUGGUGGUCUUGCAAUAUCUAUAAGUAUUCUAAUUUCUUUUUUAUUUAUAAAUCGACGAUUAUGUCAACUACAUACUGCUAAUAAUGAAUCAAUUUCAAAUCGAAUUAAUCAAUGGCUUUCAAAAUUAAAUCUAUUCGAUAAAUCAACUAGAAUUAAUCUCAAAGAACAACAACAACAAGCAACAUAUAUUUAUAUUAUUAUCCUUUUAAUUUCAUUAUCUGUUCUUAUACUUUAUAAUUCAUUAAUUAGGUCGACAAAAUCAUUUACAAUAAAAAAUCCAUCUUUUGAACAAUAUGAAAAUCUAAUAGAAGAAUAUAGUAUUGACUCGAUUAAUUGUCCAUGUACACAAUUAUCUACUUCUUAUUCAUCAUUUAUUGAGUAUCAAUGUAGUUUUCAUCCGAUUUGUACAAGUCAAUUCAUAUCUCCAAUAUAUUUGCAAGAACUCUUUUUAAUUUAUAAUUCAUUAGAUAGACAAUAUGCACCAAAACAUGCCUAUACACUUCAAGGUACAAUAUUUUCACAUUUUCAAGCACUUUUAUCUCUAUGUAAUCUUGCACAAGAUGCUGUUAAUGAUGCAUGGAACACUUAUUUCAGUUCAUCAUUAAUAUCUGAUUCAUUAAUUCAUUAUAAUUUAUUUGAUAAACAAAUCAAUGCAUCAUUAGGUCAAUUUAAAUCAACAUUAUCCAAUAAUUAUUUAAAUAAUCUUCAAUUAAUUCGUGGUAUAACACAAAGUAAUGCAUUUGUAUCACUUUAUUCAACAAAUUGGUAUCCAAUUGUUAAUAAUAGCAAUCCUUUAUCAACAAUUUAUAUGAAACCACAAUAUUAUAAUAAUUGUAAUUGUUUAACAUCAUCAACUUGUACACAAUCAUCAAUACCAUUUCUAAAAGGAUAUCUUGUUGGAUGUACUCCACUUGAAGCAUUACUUCAAAGUUCAAUUGCAUGUUUAUAUGACCAAUCAUGUAUUAAUUUUUUAUUUUCGUAUUUAAAUUUAACUUUACCAAUACUUCAGCCAUUAAAUCUUAAUGAAACACACUUUUCUUUAAAUAAUACUAUUGAUUCAAUUGUUCAAGAAAUGUUUAUUGAGAAAUGUUCCUCGAAUGUAUCAUAUUAUCAAUUCUUUACACAAUGUCAACCGCUUUCAUGUACCGUAACAGUUAUUAAACGAAAUAAUGCACUCUUUGUUAUUACGGCAUUAUUAGGUCUUUAUGGAGGAUUAACAACUUUUCUCAAAUUAAUUAUUCCGAUUUUUAUUGCUUUAUUAUACAAAUUAAUUAGAAAAUGGAAACGCAAAGGAAUACAUCAAGAAGGUUCGGUAAUUGGUAGCAAAAACCAUCCACAAGUUUUUAAUGCGGGAUGCGAAACCAGUCCUAGUUUCUCAGGCAAUGGAGUUGAUCCACUUGUUACCUAUCUUAUUCUUUGUAAAUUACGAUGGUUUAUUGGAAGCAGUAGUGCCACUAUCGGACUUUAUUGUUUAUGUUUGGCAGCUAUCAAUCAAUAUCUUCUUACAUCUCAUAACAUUCGACACCAUCGGUGGAUCAAUCGAAAACGGGCCUUGCUGAUGAGUAUAUGUGCUGUCAUAUUUUGUAUGGGAAUAGUUGUUCCAAAUUUGGUAUUUUAUAAACAUAUAACUAAUUCACUUAAUAAGACACAAUGUGGUGUGACUGAUCCUUUCGGUGGAAAAUAUGAUACGUAUAGCGGAUUAGUUGCAUAUAGCAUUAUUCCAAUCGUUGUUCUAUCGCUAUUUUCCUUACUCACAUGGAGAAAUGUUCGAAAGAAAUUGGUACGAGCUACAAUGAUAGAACAAACAUUAACUCGUUUAAUUUUUGCACAAAUUAUAAUGGUUCUUAUAGCAGCAAUAGCGUUUGCAUCAAGACGCAGUUAUGCACUGUAUCAAAUGAACGUAGUAAGGAAUGCACUUGAAAUAGCGCAAGACACUCUUGUCAACAGUGCAUUUCUAUUAGUUGGCUUUAUUAUUCACAGUUCGUCGUUUUACACAUAUUUGUGUAGUUCUCGUAUAUUUCGCGAAAAUCUUCUAUUUUUACUUUGUAAAAAGCCAAUUUCAAAUCAAAUCGCCCCUCCACAACAAAUAUAA